CUCUCUUUCAAUCACACUCGUGCCAACCAAGGAGCCAACGAUAAGACUCUCAUCUCGAAAAGUACCGACUACCGUUAGAGGUCACGUCGAAAACGUUCUCUAUGCGUAGAAGCCCCAUCGUCACUGGAUCUUCACCAAUCGAUCCAACUCAGCUGGACGGCAUUAUAUGGAUUAACGUUGUUUGUCCAUCAUGCUUUCCCGCCUCAAGCAUCCGUUCACAGAUACUGAGUUGAUGCUGAGACUAGAAGAAAAGUUCCAAUGCAAAGUUGACAAUAUUCCUCUUGGGAGCCUUGUACGGAACACGAAAAGUCCAGUCAAAACUCGCAUAUGCAGACCGAAUUCCAAGAUGGGUCGGGUAGGGUUUGGUCAAGUAGGGCUUGGUCGAGUAGGGAUGAACGACCUUCCUUCGUCUUAUGCAGCAGGACUUUCAGAGCUGAGCGAUAUGACGGAAGUCGACCGGAAACAUGGAUCGCUAUUUCAGCCAAAAUAUGUCUAUACAUCUCGAAUCACUGCAAGUUCGUGUUACAUCCGCACUUGCAAGAUAAAUCGUCACCGAUUGGAGUCAAUACUCCAAAUGGACGAACCUAGAGUCGCAAAGGAACGGUUGGACGCAUUUCUGGAAGAAAGAGAUCUGUACUUGGUCAUUGACUACAAAAGUGCUGUGGAUCCUGAAGUCAAAAUCACUCGCAAGAAAGAUAUCAAAGCCGCCAAUGCAAGAACCAGUGUUCUGGUAGAUACCUUCUUGCAUGGCGCCUCACGCGGGGAGACAAACUCUUGGUCGAAGUGUUACGAUCACGGGACUAGUGGACCAUGGGCUCGGCAAGCGGGGAAUCUCGACCUGUGGUGGGCCCUGGGUCACGUGGUGGAUCAUGGGGGAUCAUAGGGGAUCGAGCGAUCCACUACGAUCCAGGAAACGGAGGUCCUAUAUAGCGGCGAGUUGUCACUCACUAGGGAGGAACUCCGUGCUCAACUUGAUUAAGUUUUCCUAACUACUAUAUCAUUGCCUUAUCUUACUUCAUUCACCAUACCAACCCACGUGACCUUACCAGGGUAAGGAGAGAGUCGUGACACGAAGCUUCUCAAGGGUGAAU